AUGGCGUCGCUGUGGAAGACGGUUUCUCUGCUGCUGACCGUGGUCGCAGUGUUGUGCUCCAUCUCGGUGGGCGCGUUGUCGCAGUCCUAUGUGCUGGAGCGGUGCGUUGGCAGCGAUGGCGAGUGGUCGAGGAUCGGCUCCUUCGCCAUCUCACGUCUCUCUUCUCAGGCGCCAGCUCGCAUCUCCACACAGCUGGGCGGUGAAGUGAGCCUGAGCAUGGAGGAACGCAAUAAACUCGCCGCGGCCGACCUUGUAUACUACCGGGCGUACCCGCACCAGGAAGGCAAGCCGGCACCGAAGCACUCCACGACGGUCGUGGUCACGCCGUGCUCGCUGAUUCGCGGCUUUGAGGCCAUGGACAGCAAGACUGUGGUGCUCCAGGAGAACAUUAAUAUUGCCCCGGGCUUGAACACCUCUCUGAUGGGUCUGCAAGUGAGCAGUGAGACGAACUUCUUCCAUGCAAAGAUGCUGAAGGGCGAUGAGUGCGACCGCAGCGUGGUGCAGAAGCUAUUCCCGACGGUGCGCUUGAACACCAAGGUCGGGCUCGUGCACCCACUGAAGGUGACGCGGAAGGUGCGCUACGAGGACCUCAACGCUCUCACGGAGGCGGAGGAUGCGAAGAAGACGAAAGCAAAGCCCCAGACAGAGAAGCGGAUGGUGCGCAACGCAGAAGGUGAAGUUGUCGAGGAGGAAGUUCCCGUCGAGGAGCGCUCCUUCUUGCAGAAGUACUGGAUGUACCUUGUCAUUCCCAUCGUCAUGUCCGUCCUCCAGAACAUGAAGGGCUGA